AUGGCUGCCCUGCAAGAAAGGAAAUUACAAGAAGGGCAACAGCUCUUGAAAGAAGCGGAAAAAUUGUAAGUCUUUUAUUGAUUUCACAGUUUCAGACAUCGAGUAUACUUUUCAUAGGACAUCUUUAUAAAGAUCAAAGUACACAUCUUCGAUUUGUAAGGGCGAGAAACCAGUGUAGAUGUAUAAGCUUAGCUUCAGUUAAAGAAUGAAUUAAAGACGACAAUUUGUUUUUUCUCGUCGUCAUAUAUUUUCUAAAGGUAUUUUUACCUCGAUGGUCAUUGUCCUUCACUCUUUUCCAGCACACCCACCUCCCUCCCCUUCCCGGGUCCUAGCCUUAUUUACUUUUGCAGGUUUUGAAAGUGAUAAAUCAAACCGUAAACCAUUUUCUUAGUUAGAAGUAACAGUAAGGUUGAUAUAAGCUUGCUGUUACUAUAAAGCUAUAGCUAGGAAAGCUGCAUAUUUGAAAUAAUAAAAACUAAUGAAUUUCUUAUGACAUGCACAGGGCUUAUGCAUAAACCACUACAGUCUCCUUAACACUAGCCCUUUUCCAAGGCUAAUUGUAGAGCUUAUCUAAUCUAGUGGGGAAUAAUGGGAGUGAGUGGUCUGUUAUAUCGUUUUUCUCCUCUUCUAAUUUCCUUCUCUUUCUCCUCGUUUCAAUAGGCACAUAUUUCGCGACACUUAAAUUUCGGGAUUUGGGAAAUGUUAUCUUUUGAAUCACUUUAAUUUUGCAUUUUUUUGGACCACAAUUUACAUUUCACUGGCAAUGUUGUCUAAGAUGUCCUUUAAUUAAAUAAACUACUUUAUCAAAGAAACAAUAACGUCUAAAUUAAGAAAAACACAAGGGCAGAACUCUAUGUCAAUUGUAACAACAAAGCAGUUCGCACAAUUUUAAGUCCAUUGACCACAACAUCCAUUUACACCCAAAAUUCGUUCGUAAAGACUGAACGGAGAAAAAAUGAACAGUAAAAAUGUGAUUUGGAAACAUUUCACUGGUAAUAAACUCAUUCUUUUUUUGAUAUUGACUUUAUAACAUGAGUGUCACAUAAUUCACUUAAUUUCACAACACUUAUUGUUCGCGUCACUUUAAUUUCACAUGUUGUUUUUGUAUCGCAAAAUUCGUGAAGUUAAUGUGUUGUGAAAAUUUCUUGUAAUAACGUAAUACAAAAAAGGGAUUUCUGAGGGUUUUAGGACCAUCAUGUUGUGACAUUGUAACACCGACCCAGGGGAGGUUUUGCGUCCAGUGGUUUUUGUAAAAUCAAGGGUUUGUGGGGGUUGCUCAGUCUCGCGGGCUUACAAAACCUCCAUAGGACGAUCUUCUUUUGUAUUUGCGGUAAUGCAGAUGAGCAGAUUUUCUUACUGGGGGAAGUGGCAAAAAAAGAAAAAAAUUAUCUAAGCUAUUAGACACAUGCGGAACAUUUUCUGAGGGGAUAAAUAUUUUUUUCAAUGUAUUUUACUGAGUUUUUUUCCACGGGUUAGGAAUUUUUCUCAUUACUUCAAUCAUUAGUGGUUAGGGAUGUGAGCUAGGUGUAUGUUAAUGGUAUGGCCCUAACAGUGGCAAUCAAUUCAGUUUUCAUCCCAAAUACUGUAUGUUUGCCAGGUUUUAUUAAUUAGCAGUGGCUCACUUACCAUAGGUCUGUUCAGAGCUGAAUGGGGUGAGGGCAAGUUCAUUUUUGAACAGUAAAUAGUCACAAAUCAUACUUAAUCACUAGUUUCAACAUAUUUGCUUCUUAAGUAUGAAGACUAGUUGGUUGAAAUGGAAGCCAGACUGGGAUAGUGCUGCUGAUAAAUUCAUGAAAGCUGGUAUGUAUUGCAUUACAUCUUAAAAAGCUGUCCUCCUCUAUACCUGUUAUCUGAGCAACAAGAUUAAUGGUAAAGGACUACAUCUUUGCAACAUCUUUUUAAAUUGUUGUUAUUUUAGAACAGAUGUUAAAGAACCUUUUUUCCAACAACAUUUUUUACAUUUAACUUGAUUGUCACAGGAAUAAUUUCCCUAUAUCUCUAAUUUAAAAGCGAACUUGACAUUAUGAGUUGCCUGCACACACAGACCCUUGUAUACUUUUAUAUUUUCCAUUUUCUCAUUUCUCUGUUUUUAGUUGAAAAAUAAUUAUAUCCUGAAUAAAAUGAUAUUUAAUCCAAAGGGCAUUUGUUAUUAUUUAUUAGUUUCACUACUAUCUUACCUUAUCCCCAUUUAUUUCUUAAUUCUUUUAUAAUCAAAAUUUAUUUAUUUAGUAUAAAUCUGUACUGUACUCCAUAUCAAUUGAAAAAAAGUAAAAGACAAAAUACAGAUAUGUACAGCAUUUUUUCUUUUUCAAACUCUUCUAAAUCAAGUGCUUAUAAACGUUUUACUUGAACAAAGUUUUAGAUGCAUACUAUAUACGCCAUUUAACGCUGCCUUUAAUACUAAUAGUGAAGAUUGUUAUUAAUAUUGUUAAUUGUGUUGUUUCUGCAGGUACAUGUUUUAAAGCUGCCAAAUGUUAUGACAAGGCCAGCAAUGCUUUCAAAAAGGCAGCAGAUGCACACUACAGUUCUCAUGCGUAUCCUAAAUUAUUGAUACCUCCAAAAAAUAGCUGAGUAUUAGUUUUACAGUGUAGUUUAAGCUGUAGAGCGGCAGCUAGUUUUUUAGUCAGCAGAUGGACAUGUAUCUUUUCCUUGACACAGCUUGAUAUUAGACUGUUCCAUGCAGCUAAGUAAGUAUAUGUAGAUAGUUAAUGGUUUAAGUAUAUGUGCAGACUUCUCUUUUCUCUCUAAAGGAUCUAAGAACUGAAUAUUAGCUAUAGCAUAACUAAAUCUUAAUCUAAAUUGGUUACUGUAUCAAUCUCUCAUACAUAUAGGGAAUAAAAUGUUAGGAGAUAUGGGAUAUUAAAGUAAAAAUUCAAAUGUGGAGGCACAGGAGAUCUCUUUCUAAUUUUUAGGCUUCACUGUAAAAAUUGCUUUAAAGUAACAGAUGCCUUUUUGGAGGGGGCACUGAGAUGUAUUACCUACAGUUGAUUUUCACAUGCCAAUGAAAACAGUGUUUCAGUGCCCACAUAUUUUUUACAGGAAAUGGUCUGUUCAGGCUGAGAGUGUCAAUUAUGUUGUUCCAGGAUAUCACAAGUUUUUGCAGCAAAUUAUAUUUUAAGUCAUUAAGUUUAUUAACCUUUUUUAAUGCCCAUCAUUUUAUUAUCUCUUACUUCAUAAUUUGUCUUUCUUGGCCUUCUCUAUACAAAGCACAUUCAUUACCAGCAAUAUCUUUGUACUAAUUGUAUAAUUUAUGGUAUGAGAGUGUAAAGGGUUUGUGAUAAAAAAAAAAAAUACCACAGCAUAAUCUGUUGUUUGUAUCAACACAAUUCCUAACAGAGCAUUAGAACAGGCUGCCUCAGUUCAAAAAGAAAUGAAGAAUAUUUCAGAAGCUGUAUCACUAGUGGAAAGAGCAGUGUAAGAUAAUAGAUUAUUAUUAAGGGGGCAGUGAAAAACGCAGACUGCGAGCUGCCAAUGUGGACUAUUGUUUAAGGGUUAGAAAACAAUGGGACUAGUGUUGUCACAUACUCAUUUGUGUAGUAAAAACAAUAGUCCGCAGUCUGCAUUUUACACUGCCCAGUUAAUGAAGUUUUUAAGAAAAAGAUCAUGUACACUGUAGUUGCUGAAUGGUAACAGAAAAAAUCUUGUGAUUGAAAGCAUUCCUGCUCAUGUUCAAAAAAGGUUUUAUUUAAUGGAACUACUGAAAAUUCAGGAUUUGAUUGGCAGCUACUAAAAAUGUCAUUGCUAAAAGAUGAUCAGCUUCAUUAACAGUGAUCACCUUAAAUGUCACUGUUCAAUAAAAUCUAGUUAAUAUUAGUGGUCUAUGGUAGAUACAAAAGAAUCACUUGGCAGUACUUUCCUCUUUAAUUCUUCUUAUUUUUUUAAUCAUUUUCAUUAACAAGGCAUUACGUAUUAGCAUGCAAUUAAGCCUUAAUUAAUCUUACCAAUGAUUAUUUAUUACAAUCUAAGACAUACACUGAACAUUUAGAACAGCAUUAAAAUAAAUGGAAAAGUUUAUUAAAAUGAUGUUCAUGAAAAUAUAAAAUUAAUUAUCGUCAAUUCCUGUUUAGAAAGCAAAGAUUUCAAAAUCGACCCUGCUCUUGCGGUCUCUUGCCAAGUGCAUCUACCCAUAUACAGGAAUUAACCAAAAAUGGUAAAAUAUACAAUUUGUUUCAAAAUAUCUCCAACGUAGUUUUGAUAUAGUUUUUAUAUUAUUGUUGUGUUCAAUGUAGUGACAUGUACAGACAGAGUGGUUCUCCAGAUACAGGUGCCCUAGCCCUUGUAAGAGGUGCCAAGUAAGUCCACUUCUCAUUACCGUAAACUGCCAUUUUUUAUGAUUAUAUGUUUUAGUAAGGGUUUUUUUUUAAGGGCUUACAUGUACUUGAAGGGGGACACUCUUACAUUUUCUCUAAAUUCAACCUGCUUAAUAUUGACACCCCAUUGAUACAGACACUCUCCCCCCCCAUGGUUCCUUAUUAACAGGCCCCCCAGGUUUGACCGUACUGGUUUCAAACUAAGCUUCAAAAUGUCAUCAUAAAUCAAAUUCAUUUCAAUACAAGCCCGAGGGAGGCUUAUACGUUGUAAUCAGUUGUAUUUUUCAUGGGUCUAUAACUGGUAGGGCUUAUAAGCGGAGGGGCUUAUAAGCAGCAGUUUAUGGUUUCUAUUUUUAUAUUUAUGUAAAAGGUUCUAAGUAUUUAAUUAUCUUUUUCAAUAAAUAGUUAUUUGUGUUCUUAGCGUAUAUUUUGAAAAAAAAAUCUAAAAAAUGUAACAUUCAUUUCAAAUUAAUGAUCCUGACCAUUUCUUUCUAAAAGAGAAGGUUGCCUUUGGAGAAAAGUUUAAGUUAAACUUUUUUUAUUAAUUUUGUUCUUUUUGUCAAUGCUUGUAGGAUGUGUGAUUCAAGUGAUCCAGCUAAAGCAGCAGAGUUAUACAUUUUAGCCAGUGAAAUGAAUGUUGUAUGUAUUUUGUAUUCAAAGUUUCUCUAUUAAAAAUAGAUUAAGUCAGUGUAGUAUCAGUCAAGGUUAGAAGUAAUAUAUCAAGUAGAUACGCAGUGUUCCAUCACCAGAUGAAACAUUAAGAGUUGAAAAUACGAUGCACAGCGGAGUAUUUUUGACGAACUUCAAUGUAUUUCAUCUGGUGAUGAAAUGUCGAAUGCUUGAUAUUACUUCUCAAACAAAAUUAUUUUAGAAGAUGCAAAAGUGAGCAGUUUUUCAUCUGAUUUCCAAACAUUCGGUAAAAUAAUAUUAAUACCUUGUACAAACUGAGUUUAAUAAAAGUCUGUGCCGAAGAUUGCGGAUUGAGUUUUUCCCAUCGGUUUACUGCUCAUACAAUUCACACGUGGCCAUAAAUCAACAGGAAAAUCAAGGAUCCGUUUUUUUGUUGUGCAUGAGGGAGGGGGGCCAUUUAUUCAAAUAUGACCCACAAAAUUGGAAUUUGGAAAUGUUGGUUUUUGAGGAGAGGGGGAACCAGAGUACCCAGUGAAAAACCUCUCGGAGUAAGGGUCGAGAGAAUCAACAGCAAACUCAACCCACAUAAUUAUGGCAUCCACACUGGGAUUUGAACCUGGGCCACACUGGUGUGAGGCAAGUGCUCUCACCUCUGCCCCAUCCUUCUUCUCUGUUAUGAGUCAAUAUAUAUUAUUAUUUUUUUAUUCAUUCAAACUGGACUUCUUUGUAACACACCUGCCACAACACAUAUGAUAAUUAACAAUUAUUCCUCAAGCCCGAAUGGGCUCUGAGUCAAUAGCCCAUGAGGCCGAAGGCCGAAUGGGCUAUUGACUCAGAGGCCAUGAGUGCAAGAGGAAUAAUUGUUUUAGUAAAAUCCAACUGGUUGGUCAAAAAUAUCGAGAAUAAAGAAAUUUUAGCUAGUUAAAGCUAGACUUUAAUCCUUUUUUGCCGCCAAGUAGCCCGCGCUUUUUGCUGCUAGUGGGCUAUAACAUAUAGCCUAGUAGUAGCUCAACCAAUCAGAACACAGCAUUGAUAAUAGACCACUGGCUGGAUUUUACUACUGAUAUUUAUUCAUAAGUAUAAAGGGCAGAUAUAUGCACAGAAAAAUAAUAAGCUGAAUGUUAUGAUUCAUAAAGUAACCGGUUUUAAAAGAAAAACAUUUGGACUGUUGUAGAAUAGCAGAUGACUAACUUAUUAUGACAAUUCUUUUCCCCUCACAUUUUGAAGGCAGAGGACAAGAUUCGAGAGGGUAUUGAACCUUUGUCAAAAGCUGCAAACCUCUUUGUAAAGUUAAAGAGGUAGGGCUCAUUCUUUUCAGUUGUUGAAGGGAGAUAGGGGAACAAUUAGAAAUUCAGUAAUGUCACCCUGGCAUAUCUUUAGUAGACCCAUGACAGCUGCCAUGACCCAAAGAGCGCUGGUUGCUAGUUUAACCAUGUUAAAAUAAUUAUUAUUUCAAUCAGAUUUUAUUUUUUAGAGUUAAAUGUAUAACGUACGCAAUAGUUUUGUUGUGGAGUUGUUACCCUUCUAUGUGAAUGGCAUCGUCCUUUACCACUAGCGCUGACGUCUACUUUUUAAAUUUUUUUUUGAAAUAUUUGUUAUUAUGCUGCAGAUUUCAGGAGGCUUUGAAUGUCUUCAAACAGCAGAUGAAACUGUACGAACAGGUGGAAAAUUUUCAAAUGAUGUACAAGGUAAUGCACCCUUGCGUAAAUUUAGACUCUACAACACAGAACAUGGCGUGUAACUUCUUACAUUGAGUGAUACCCAAAAAAAAGAUAGAAAUAAAUUGUUAGAUGUGGCAGGAGGACAGUAAAGGCUUGGACAAUAUUGAUAGAUGAAUGAGUUAAUCUGAAAACGAAAAAAAUGUCGCGUGGUAAAGAAUGUCCAAGGCCGGAUUACUCAAAGCUAGGUUAAGAUAACUCCGGUUAGUGCGAAGUUUGAAUUCAAAUAUGAAAGCUUAAAACGCAAAAUCAGUUGAAUUCUUUUUGUCUACAAUUUGAUGAUGUGGACGCUCUUAAAAUAACAUACAAUUACAAAAAAUUAUCCAAGAAAAUGCUUUGGAACAAAGAAAAGAAACACGGAUUAGAAUUUAACCCCGGGUUAGUGCUAAUCGCCCUUCGAACAACUGGGCACUUCAGGGGCGUAACAUUUUUUUAAAGCUAUUUCAGUUUGGAUUGGAUAAUAGAAAUUUCUCAUUUUUUAGUUUCACUCAUAAAUAGGAAAAACUCGCGAUGAAGCUCUAUUAAGAAGGUCUGCGGCUGCCUAAGACGCUAUUAAAACUGGUUGCGGUAAAAAGUAACGGCUUGUUUUUUUCAAUUAUUUACAGGUUGUUCUUAGUAUGGUCGUUGUUCACCUUCAUGAAAGCGAUUACGUAGCUGCAGACAACUGCUACAAGAAUUCUUUUGAGUAUGUUAUUGUAUAUAAAGUUGCACUACAUGUUUUGACUUAAAAAUAUAAGAAUGUUCUGGGUGGAUUGUUAAAGGUAAAGGUCUUAAUUUUACGUCGGUAACUGAAACUCGAAACAGUGUUGGGGAGCUUAAGCAACAACGAUGGCGACGGGUACUAUUAAAAACGCCACUUGAAAAGUGAAUUCGCGCCGCCUCAAACUGUAUCGCGCUUGUCAAAUUCGUUGCGUAAGUUUGCACACCCCGUUGUAUGUUGUUGUGGGUUGUUGGGUGUUGUUGCGCAAAGUUUGAAACCGGUCAAACUUUUAGCCCCGUGUGACAUAGUCAGGGGCACCCAACGAGAAUAUAGGCAUAUUUUUAUCCCCUAAAUUUUUUUCAUCUGUUCGGAUUUCCUAGCUGAAAGUCUAGUGAUCCGAAAAUUACUGGAAUCAAAACUUACCUUUUCGAAAAUUUCAGCCAGAAAAAAAGCUCCCGAAAAUUCUAGGUGACCUUUUAAGGGUAAAAAUCCGUUAAAAAUGGGCAACUAUAUUAGUUUUUAGAUGUUCGAAAAUCCUAGGAGAGGCAGGCAAGCAAAGAAUUUUACCACAAAUGUUCCGAAAAUUCUAGAUCUCAAAUCGUCUUCCGAACAGAUAUUUGUCCGAAAAUUGUCGUUGGGUGCCCCUGCAUAGUUGGGAGUAGUCGGUUGCGUCCGUUUGCACGUAGCUUUGGAAAUGCUAACCUGGAAGAAAUCUUCACAGAAGGUUUCGUCGCUACGAGAAGCUAAUUGCAGUUUUGAAAAUGUGUUCGCGAUUUUUCUGCUUUGAACAAGUAGAAGCGAAGCGGCAGAGCAGAGCCGGACGAAACGUAGCGUUUGAGACUUGAAAAUUCCGUAGACUAGCACAAAUUCUCUAAACAGUCAAGGGGUAUGAGGCAAGUUUGUUGUUUUUUUUUUUUUCUGUUCCUCUCAUGUUGCCGUGCGUCUGUUCAGUAAUGGAUCACAGUUUAUGACAAGACGAGGUAAAAACAAAAACGUGGCACACGAGCCGCAGGCCAGAGUAGAGUCUCUUUGUUAAAUAGCAACCAUACAUCCCAUCACUGCAAGUGUACUUAUUUUUCUCUUCAGGAUUCCCGGAUUCGGUGGCUCAGAUGAAGCAGUCGCCGCAGAAAAAAUUUUGGAUUGUUUUGACGGGGGCGAUGGUGAGGGAAUGAAAGCUUGCACAUCACAAGCUCUCUUCACCUACUUGGACAAUGAGGUUAAUAUUUAGAUGCUUUUACUACGACAUAAACUAAAAUUACGUGACGUUACGUAACUGUUAAGUCAAUAAAACCAGAAACGACAAAAAAACUCAAGUCAGUACUAUUGUGACGUUUAGGGUCAGUCGGGGACGACUACGAGAAAGAGAGUUUUUUCGAUACCAAGUAGUGUGUGCACGUGAACCAGCGUCAUUUCGGCGGGAAAACGUGGUAGGCAUCGUCAUUCUACUACGAGUUUUAGCGAGAAUGUCGCGAUGAGCAUCCUCGGAGACCUAGGGGCAGUCAGUUGUAGGUCGGGAGGAAAGGCUCGACGAACCGAAGAUACGUAGUGAUGGAAACAAGUUAUCAAUGGUUAGAAUUUUUUUCAUUUUGCGAUCGGGAGGGCUCCUUCAAUAAAAAUAGCCCUGCUAACUUUUAUGGUGAAUAAAAAAGUACAAUGCAGAUUUCAGGCGUGUAUAUUCUUUUCACAAUAACGAAAAACCUUCAAGUUAAAUCUCGCCCUGGUUAUGUUUCUAGAAUUGUUUGUCUUCUUUAGUUCCUUGACAAGUUUUAUUAAUUGCUUCUAUGAUCAUUUCCUGCAAAAUCCUUUUAAAACAAGCACGGCAGAACGGAAAUAUUCAUCUGUUUUACAGUUUUUCAAAUGAUUUUUCAGAUUGCCAAGUUGUCCCGCAGCUUGCGUGUUCCAGGUGACACAGGUAACAAAGGAAAGACAGAGAGAAAACCGACUCCAACCCUGAAUGCCUCUGUGAAAACCGAGACACAAAUUCCCAACCCAGUGUCUACUACACCCACGUAUCAGACAGAACAAGGGGGAAACCAGGAGGAGCUCGAUGAUGAUCUUGAAGAAGGUGGACUUUGUUAGAGUGUUUUCUCGUAACAAAGCCUUACUCAGACAAAUAAUCGCAGAAGUUUUCAAAAAGGAGAGACGCAUAGUCUCCCUCGCGCGCAGCCGUCAAGCAGCCGUCACGCAGAAGGAGCCCGGGCAGGCAGCUGAUAGUUUUUUUGGCAUAAUUGUCAGUGAGAAAUAAUUUAAAAGAUCUUCUGCCCACGCGGAACGCUGAGGUGAGGUCAUAGCUCAGACAUUGUACUAAAUUUAUUUUUAUGAUGAUAUUUAUAUAAAUUACUGACAAUCUUUUGUGUAUUUUUAAAUCAGUUAUGGUUAAGGAGUAAAGUUUCCAAAGAAACUAUUUUGUCUUCAAGGGAGUGAAACACAUAUUAGAUUGCUUAUAAAUUGCCCAUUUAGGCUAUCCCAAAAUGGAUUAGACCUAAAAAGCUAAAAAGACCUAUCAUGUGUAGCUUUGAAAAGUAAAA